CGGGUCCAGCCCCUAAGAAGCAUUAAGAGAGCAUAGAGCUCUCUUUCGCGAAAAACUUCUCUGGUCCCCUUUUUACGCUAGAGUCCACAUAUCCAGAUCUCACGUUGUACCUUAUCCGCUACUCCACUGUCUUCUCUCUCUCUCUCUCUCUCUCUCUCUCUAAAUCUGGAAAGGAGGAACAUUCCUUAUUCAUUUUCUCUCUCUAACAGUUUUUAAAAGCGCGGGAAGUUAUUUUCUCUCUGAACUAUUGGGUUCUCAGAGAGCCUGGCAAUGGAUGACCCUUUGAUUCGACCUGCGAGCACGAGCACAGGCAGGCCGAACACUUUUAAUUUUAAGAGAAGAUCCGAUGCUAUUGCUUAUGGUACACCAUAUCAGAAGGCCGCAGCUCUCGUUGAUCUGGCUGAGGAUGGAAUCGGGUUACCAGUAGAGGUUCUUGAGGGUUCAAGAUUUGAGAAGGCCGCAAAGUUUUACUUUAUCUUUAUGCGGUUCAAUUUGCUUUGGAGCCUUAAUCUUGUUGCUCUACUAUUGCUAAAUUUUCUUGAGGAGCCUUUAUGGUGUGCCAAUACAACUCCAUCUCCUUGCAACGACAGACAGUCUUAUUUCUUGGGGGAGUUGCCAUACUUAACUCUUAAUCAAGCUCUUGUUUAUGAGGGAGUAACUCUACUGAUACUGAUUUUGCAUACCUUAUUUCCAGUUUUGUAUGAGGGUUGGGAUUGCUAUUGGAAGAAGUCACUUAAUGUCAUAAAGGUUGUAUUCCUUUUGCUCUUGAUGGGUGACUUAUUCGUUGAUGCUCUAUAUGUAACUCCGGGGCCCAUUACAUCUUUGCCUCUCAGAUUUGCCCCAUAUAUUCGUGUUAUCUUUGUCAUUCUGAAUAUCAGGGAGUUACGGGUUUGUAUGUUGACAUUAGCUGGAAUGGCACAGGUGUACUUUGAUGCCUUGGCCAUGGGUUUCUUGUUUAUGUUGUUCUCUAGCUGGUUGGCUUAUGUCAUAUUCGAGGAUACCAUUCAGGGCUCUAUGGUAUUUAAAUCCUAUGGGGCAACUUUGUACCAAAUGUUUGUUCUUUUCACCACGUCCAACAAUCCAGAUGUUUGGAUUCCUGGGUACAAGAGUUCUCGGUGGUAUUGCCUCUUCUUUGUGCUUUAUGUGUUACUGGGGGUGUAUUUUGUCACCAACCUAAUUCUUGCCGUUGUUUAUGAUAGUUUCAAAGAGCAGCUUGCAAAACAAGUGGUUGAGAUGGACACUUUGCGGAAAAAUAUCUUGACAGUAGCUUUUAAUAUUCUGGAUGAACAUAAGCAAGGUUUUCUUAAUAAAGAGCAGUGUAUAUAUCUUUUCGAAGAGUUGAAUAACUAUAGGUCUUUGCCAAGAAUUUUGAGAGAUGAUUUUGAAUGUAUCUUUUACGAACUUGAUGAUAGUGGGGAUUUUAAGAUAAAUUGUGAUGAAUUUGCUGACCUUUGCAAUGCUAUUUCUCUGAGAUUCCAAAAGGAGGCUACUCCUUCAUGGUUUGAAAAGUACCCUAGGUUUUAUCAUUCUCCUAUGUGCGAAAAGAUGAAGUCGUUUGUGUGGAGCGCUACAUUUGAAUACAUCAUCAUUUUUGUACUACUGCUGAAUCUAGUGACAGUAGUCAUUGAAACCACGCUGGAUUUUGCAAACAGCUCUGCUCAAAUGAUGUGGCAAGGAGUUGAGUUUGUUUUUGGCUGGCUACAAACAAGGGCAAUGGCAAUGAAAUUGUACUCUAUAUAUUAUAGCAAUUAUUGGAGGGAGGGCCAAAAUCGUUUUGAUUUUGUAGUCACAUCGGUUAUAGUUAUUGGAGAAACUGUUUCAUUCUCUUUCCCCUGGGCUUCUUUUUUAUCAAAUGGCGAGUGGAUUCGUUACCUUCUUAUUGCCAGAAUGUUACGACUUUUGAGGCUUUUGAUGCAUAUUCAACGUUAUAGGGCUUUUGUGGCAACUUUUCUGACCCUAAUACCUAGUUUGGCACCAUAUCUGGGGACAAUCUUUUGUGUAUUGUGCCUUUAUUGCUCUCUGGGUUUACAGUUAUUUGGUGGACUUGUUUACUCUGCAAAUCCCAAGUUGGAAGGAACUGAUCUUUAUGAGAACAACUAUUUGCUAUUCAAUUUCAAUGACUACCCAAAUGGGAUGGUCACCCUUUUCAACUUGCUUGUUAUGGGAAAUUGGCAAGGCUGGAUGCAGAGCUACGUUCAGUUGACUGGGACAUCCUGGACACUUCUGUACUUCGUCAGUUUCUAUGUCAUUACUGUCUUGCUUCUUCUAAAUUUGGUGGUUGCAUUCGUUUUGGAGGCAUUUUUUUCUGAAAUGGAACUUGAAAAAACCGAUGAUUCUGAAGUAGAUGGCGAGGUCACUGAGAAAAGGAAAUACCAACGAAGGCGUGUAAGCUCGAAGACAAGGAGUGCUAGAGUGGAGAGCCUUCUCCAUCGUAUUUUGGGUGCAGAGCUGGAGAGAAACCAAUCCUGUAAUGCUUAAUUCCCAUUAGAGAAAAUCAAGGGGAAAUACUUUUGUGUGUAUGGGUGUGUCUGCGAUAUAGUUUUUGAUGACACAGAAGUGUCGAGAGAGACGAUGAUUCUUCUCCGUAUUCUUUGGGAGCACAACAGGGCACUGGCAUAAAGUUGUGGAACCAAGUCAGACCUGUCUUCAAAAGCCUGUAAAGCUUCUGACGUUUACCAGUGUCAAAAUACUGUCAUCCAGUGAUCUCAGCGUGCAUGGUUUCUGGUGAUGGCAACAAUUUAAAAGCUAUAUAUUAUGUGUAUAAGUUUCCUGUAUUGGGCUGAUUGAAUUUUUCAUGUUGUCGUCUCUGUGGGUUUUUAACUAUUCCCGUUUUCAUGUGUGUGUUUUUCUUGAUGGUGUUCAUUGGGAAAUUGACAUAAGGAAAUUUCCAAGACAACCCUGCUUCGGGAAUAAAGUAGAUUGUUCUUGCUUUAA